AUGCCCCUUCGACGAGCAAAGCAAGCCUGUAUCCACUGUCAUGGUCGUCGCAUCCGCUGCAAUGUCCUGCAGCAGCGCCCGUGCUCCAACUGCGUGGCGCAGGAUGUCCCUUGCGAAGUUGGAGUCUCGCGGCGGGGGAAAUAUCCCCGCAAGAAGACGUUCAAGUCAGGGCACGUCACGCAGAUUGGACGAGCCGUCCGAGCCUCCGAACCCUCAUCCUCAGCCAGCCCAACAACCUCAUCCACGCUCCACGCAGCCAAACCACGAAUCCACGACUCAACCGUCUUCCUGGGCGAGUCCAGCCCUCUGACGUCUGUCAUGGAUCCUACCCAACCACCAAGGCUGCACUACCCCCUCCCUGACCGUCUCGCACCCACCAGUACGCGCGACGAGGCCGUCCGUCUGCACCAAGUCCAGCAAGCCGCACAGCUUGAGUCCAACGGUGCCCUCUCCUUUCCACCAGAGGCCACCGUCGAUGCGCUCUUACAAGCCUACUUUCGCUGGUUCCAUCCUUGCUUCCCCAUCGUUGACCGUGCGGCGAUCUGCCGUGCCAGGACACAGCCAGGUCCAGGUGCAGGUCUCAGCAAUAUCCCCCCUCUGCUCCUCCAAUCUAUGCUCUUCAUUGGCGUAAGCCUCUGCGACGACGAGACCUUUGCAAAGACGGAAUUUCCCGUCCGUUACCGCGCCAAGUUCCUUUUCUACUCCCGCGCCAAGGCAAUCUACGAAGCUGAUGCGGAAGCAAGUCCUAUUGUCAAGCUGCAGGCGCUCUUCAUGUUGAGCUUCUGGCGAGGAGGGCCGAGUGAGGAGCGCGAUGUCCCAAUUCUCGGCUCCAUCGAAGGAGAAGAAGUUAUGGAAACGAAUCUGACGCGCGACCAACAGAGCGCCGCAGCACUGGGCUUGCCCCCCCGGAUCCGCGAUGAAGACGGCGAUGUGGCCAUGCUAGAGCCCGAUGAUGUGGUGGAAGGGGAGACAGCGGAGGGCGAUAUCUUCGGGCGCCAAACGCCACAAGAUCUUGUUUACCCCGUUGAAAUGGCCAAACUGGCUCGGCUUCUCCGGAUGAUCGUCUCAACGCAGUAUCUCCACCACCAACGACCAGAUCUCGCGACGAGGAAUGCCCUCAACGAGCAGCUGUACCUGUGGAAUUGCCAGCUGCCUGUCGAGCUUCGACUGGACAAUGUGUCGCCGGACUCGCUGUUCCUGACGGGGCUUUUGCAUAUGACAUAUCAUGACGGCUGGUUAAGGAUAACCCAUGCUUUCUCAACCCUCUGCAUCCACACAAUCCAUCACCGACGGAACUGCGGAACGAUGCGAACUCUCGCCGAACACCGCGCGCGGCUCUGUCUGCUCAGUCUUGAAGAGCUGCAGAAGUCCUGGGAUCUAGAGAACUGGGUUUUGCAUCUGUUCUUUCGCGGGCUGGACGAUCGCACUGCUGAGAGUCUGCGGCGAACAAGAGAGAACCAGGUUGAGGGAGAGAGUGUAGAGGGCAACGAUGUAGACUCAGCGACUACUAUGUCGACUGUUACGGGGUCUAGUAGCCAUGUCUCUGGUCCUGGAACUGGUACUAGCACUGGCACUGGCACUGGAGACAUGCUCAUGCCAAUGCCCGCACCGCAAGACGACUGGUACGGUUGGGUACCGUUUGAGGAUGAAGCGGACGCACUUAACCUGCAAAACCUGGAGUUUCUGUAUCGUUUCCUAUAG